AAACAGAAACCAAAAGCGAAAUAGCAGGAAAGAGAAAACAAGACAAGAGAGACAUGUCCAGCAUCUUCUAAUUUGAUGUUAUCGGAACUUCAUGCAAGAUCUGAUGCAAUGUUAUUGAUUUCAUCACAGAAUGAGCAGUGGAAAAGACUUCUGACCUGGAAGCGAGAUGAGAAGCUUAGAAACAAGGCUAUGUUUUCUGUAUGUUUGUGUGAUCUUCCAUAGAGCAGAGGUGAGUAUGCAAUCUGUGGAUUUAAACCAGCAUCCUAAACUGGGCUCUCCUCUUUCCGACAACGAGUACAAGGAAUUCUGGGAGCUUUUCAACCCCGACUGGAAAGCUGAGGAACUGUGUGAAUUUCGAGAGAACUUUGGUUGCAAUGAACCCCGGGUCCUUCGCAUCGACCUUUUUGAGAACCAUGGUCAAAUCCCAGAUGGAAUGAUUUGCACAGAGUUGGACACAAUCCCACCCUUUGAUUCGUUCUGCAGUUUUGCCAAGUUUCGAUGUGCUCACAGACAAUUCUUUCUGAAGAGGAUCCCAUGCCAAGAUUCUCAGACCUUAAAAGAUUUUCAUGCUUUGACCCCUGGAGCAAAGUCAUAUGUUAUCGAUGAAGAAGGUCUCAUUCAUGCUCAUAUUGUCAAACUGAUCCAGCUCAGUAUUAAAUUGAGUGGCGAAGAUACAUAUUUGAAGGACGCCAACAAGGCAGAUAGGUCUUUGGCAAAGAGAUCAGUAUCAAAGUAUCCUUCCAGUUGGCCAAGUGUCCCUCAAAGUACCUUUUACAAGGACCAGCAGCGAAAGAGUCCCCUGGCAUCAUUAAAAGUUGUCAACCUUAUAAAGAAACCAAAAUCCUAACUUCAGCGGAGGGCACAUCACUACUGUCAAGAGCCCUUAUCUUGUGGAUUACAAUCGAACAAACAUCUAAGAUCCUACUAAAUAAUAUC